AUGGACAUCAUGCCUGGCCGCUACGGUGAGACGAUGGUCAAGCUCUUUGAAGAGAGAUUUGGUGCUGUGAAGUGCCAGCAGGUGCCUUGUGGAGAUGAAGCUCAAGAGAUUUCGAGCACAGUUCUUCUUCCAGAAGAUGAGGCAUCGCUGUAUCGCUCUUUGGUGGGCAGUGGAAUCUACUUGUCACAGGAGCGCAUAGAGCUUGGCUAUGUCAUCAAGCAGCUUGCUGGUGGAAUGUCAAGCCCAACAUGCGGCCAUCUACAAGUGAUGAAACGUUUGAUUGGGUACCUCAAAGCAACGUUGGGGAACUACAACCAUUUGGACCUUCCAACCUAUGGCAAGGGCAUCCAUCACCAGUAUGACUCGAAGUGGGUCUUGGAAUCGUUCACUGACAGUGACUGGUCGGGUGACAGAACUUCAAGGACAAGUACCAGCAGCUGUGUGCACUGCCUGAAUGGCAUCAUCAUCUUCCACAGCAGCCGUGGCCAGAAAGUUGUCAGUUUGUCCAGUGCAGAGGCAGAGCUUCAUGGACUUGUCAGUGGAGCUACAGAUGGCAUAGCUCUUCGCAUUUGCUUGGAGUUUUUGAUGGACGUGAAGGUGUUCCACAUCUGCCUGAUGGACAAUUCGGCAACGCGCCAGAUUGCCAACAAGAGAGGUAGCGGGCGACUUCGUCAUGUGUCUGGGAAGCUUCUUUGGGUGCAAGAUCAAACAAGCUCAAAGACUAUGGAGGUGAAGCAAAUCAGCACUUUGCUCAACAUUGGAGAUAUCGGGACCAAGCCUCUGGGAAAGUCUCGAUUGCAAGCUUUGAUGUUUUGGUGCAAGAUCUACAACAGAGACGGCACUCCUAUUGGAGAAGAUGAAGCAAGCAGGGUGAAAGAGGCAAACAUCAACAAGGCCAAGAUCAUGAGAGUUGCAAAGCUCCUGCAGAAGGUGGUCAUCUUGGGCGGCCUUGAGCAGGCUCACGGCGAGCUCAUCCCUUUCAGGAUGGACUUGGAGACCAUCAUCCCUGUGGAGGAGCAGGUUUGGUUUUCGUUUGGGACCCUCUUUUUCCUCCUCUUCACUGCCGUGCUUGUGGGUUUCUUCAUCGUGUACAAGGUCUUCAUGCAGUUCCAACGAGAAGUUCGAGAAGAACUGGCAGAGAUUCGCACACGACAGAAUCGAAUUCAAGCAAUCCAGAAUGAGCUGGUUCUUGAGUCAGGGCUUCAACACACCCAUGUCACUGCAAUGCACGUGUCCCUGGUCAGGCUUGGUGGCUACAUCAAUUUACAGCAGGAGAUCACUGAGCAGGACUGGGACAAUUGGUACUACAUUGAACGUGGAAAUCAACUGGAAGAUGACAGAGUGUGUAGACGUGGCCUACGAGCUCUGAGGAAAGCAACUAGAACCAGACAAAGACGACAUGCUACUCCUGCACGAGCUGAUCGAGAUGGAGCUGACUAUGACUAUGACGAGGAUGCGCCAGAGAACAUGAGCCCAGAAGAGUAUCAAAGGAGAAUGGACUCCAGCAAUCCAGAAGACUGGCCAGGAGAAUCUCGUGCAGAGCGCAGACAGCGUUACCUGCAAUCCACCAUGUCAGAGUGCUCGGAUCCGGAUGAAUGGAUGGCACUACACCAUGGUGAUGCUGGCCGAGAUGUUUUUCUGGGUGGUGACGCGAGCCGCUCUCGAGAUGGCUCAGCUGAAGGAGAUGGAGAUGAACGUGGAGAAGAAAGUGUCCCUACUGAUGAUGCAUCAAGUGACAAGGACACCGUGGUCUCCGAGUACAUGAGAGAUGAACACUUGGAAUGGCCGAUCUACGACUUCACUUCAUCUCAAGAUCGAGCCCAAUUAAGUGCACUCCAGUGGAUCAGAGAUUGGUCCUUAAGACAGGCGAGAGCCAUAAGAGAUGGCAACGACCGCCUUGCUUCUUGGUGCAGCCGACAGGAAUGGCGAGAGCUCUUGGUGGGUUUGGCUUUUUGGUGUGCCAUCGCGACCUCAGUGUUACACUGUGUGAGGCGUGCUCAACGCCGGCGGCGGCUGCAUCUUCUCCCUAUUGUUUUGAAGGAUAUCUUCAUCACAUUAGCAGCGUUCUUGCUGACGGCUCAGCCCUUUCUGUGGCUCUGGUCCUUUCUCUUGGCUCCGCUCUGGCGACUCUGCGCGCGGCUGCCGGGACUGUCACAGGUGCAUCCUGGACCUGUGCAUUGGGAAGAGUUUGUGGCCUUGGCAGUUCUUCUGUGGCUGGGGCUCCGAAUUGCCUACAUCAAUUGGUACCACAACACGCAGCGCCUUCUGGUCACGCGGCAUUUGGACGAUCUUUUGUACGCCUUGCUGGAGCCCCCAAGGAUGCCUGCGCGACCUUCGGUGGACUUAGACUUUGAAACCGAAGCGGUGCCGGUGCCGGCGCCGCUCUUCGGCGCAAGAGAUCCAACUCGCUGGUCCAAUCCCCUGGAAAAAGAUGAAGAUCUGCAACCUGAAGCGCCAGGAGACCAAGCUGCAGAGGUUCGGUGA